AUGUCAUCCGUUGCCGCGCGAUGCGUUUUCCUAGGGCCCGAAAAGGAAAGCAAGCCCACCGUCUCCAGCGCGUCCACUUCAAGCCCGGGCCUACGACAAUCACAACGCAGACGAAAACAUCCGAUGUGGAGCGACUACGAUCACCCUCGAUUCCUCGGACCUAUUCCAGACGAUCUGGUGGCCUGUGACCAGCUUCACCAACGCAUCAUGUGCAAAGAUGCGGAGCCCUUUACCUUCUAUUUCUACUAUCCGGUGGACGCCGACGCCCUGGGUCUCGUCGAUUAUCACGACAUCAUCACACAGCCCAUCGACCUGCGCACGAUGCGGAUAAAGCUGGAUUACAGACAAUACGGGAAUGCUGACGAAUUUUUGGCCGAUAUUGCAUUGAUGCUGGAUAAUUGCUUCAAGUAUAACCCGCCACACGAUCUGGUGCACCAGGCCGGCAAGCAACUGCAGGACUUCAUUAAAGAACAAUGGACUCGAAUUUGUGCCGCAAAGGCUCUUAAUAACAACAAUAACAAGACAAUUACCGCCCUUGCCAGCCGGCCCGAAUCACUCAAUGACUACACGAAGAGUAUGGAUCACUGGGAGCAGCGUCGCAAGGAUUGGCUGCAAAGAUCUGCCGCACUCCGCAGCGAACUCAUGGCCUUGGCACCGGGCGCUAUGGUGCCGGUGUGGCUGGAGAAGAAGCUCGAAAAAUUGCUCGCCGAAGAUGCUGAGAAGCAGCCCAAGAAGGUGGCAUCGAAGAAGAAAAAGAAGGCGCCCGGCACCUAUCGGCGUGGCAACAAAGGACAACAGCUAACAAUGGAUGAAAUGAGCGAGCUGCAGCGUGGAAUUUCGGCACUGCCCGGAAACGGACUGCUGCAGCUCGUCGAACUGAUCGAUAAAUUGGAAGGCUCGAACCUUGCGGCAAAGUCGAGGGAAAUCGAUCUGGAUCCGUCGUCAUUGAAGCCCAGCACCAUGCGCGCGAUGCUGCUUCAUGUCAGAAGCUGGAAGUGCUCGUCAAGCCACCUGGAAAAUCUCUCCGAGUCUUCUUCUGACGAUGAGGCUCCGGCAGAC